AUGUGGUUUAUCCAACCACCGCGUUCGAAAGUUUACGAAGACAAGGGACAUGUGCACAUUGGAAAAGCGAGGGAGCGUUUUCAUGCUAACGCUCACCGGCGGUACAAGGGACAUGUGCACAUUGGAAAAGCGAGGGAGCGUUUUCAUGCUAACGCUCACCGGCGUCUCAGCCACGAUGUGAUCGACGACAUCCACUCCGCCGUCCGUCGUGUCCGGUCUGACCCGUCGGCUUCGCGAUCUGUCCUCAUCACAACCGCAACAGGCAAAUUCUUCUCUAAUGGCUACGACAUCGACCAAGCCAAAUCUCACCCUCACCUUGUCCCCGUCAUGGACGCCAAACUCCGAUCACUCUUCGCCGAUCUCAUCUCCCUCCCGAUGCCAACGAUCGCCGCCGUCACCGGCCACUCCUCCGCCGCCGGAUUUUUACUCGUCAUGAGCCACGACUACGUCCUCAUGCGCCGCGACAGGGGUUUCCUCUACAUGAGCGAGCUCGACAUCGGCCUCACGAUUCCGGCGUGGCUCAUGGCCCUUGUCCGGCUGAAGAUCGGAUCGCCAGCGGCGAGGAGAGACGUGGUGUUGACGGCGGCAAAGUUGACGGCGGUGGAGGCGGCCGAGAAGGGGAUCGUGGACUCGGUGCACGAUAGCGCGUCGGAGACGGUGGAAGCCGCCGUUAGAUUGGGUGAGGAUCUGGUGCGGCGAGGGUGGGAUGGACACGUGUACAGUCGGAUGAGGGAGAUUCUUCUAAAAGAGGUUCUUGAUGCGAUUGUUUCUGAUGAAGCUCCAUCACCGAUGCUGGUUAUCAACAGAUCCAAACUGUAGUAUAUAUCCGUAGAACAAUUACAUAAAAUAAAUAAAAACAUGAUGAAUAGAAUAUGUUUAUAAAA